AGAGAGAGAGAGAGAGAGAGACAGAGAGAGAGAGAGAGAGGGGAGGGGAAAAAGUUGGACACGGAAGAUCUCGCCCUAACUUUUGUCUUCUUUCCACUUUCUUCGUGGAAGAAGCCUCGAGAAAAUAAAAUAAAAAUAAAAGUCAACAGGACGGAGACGCGGUGGAUUACAUGAGACUCACAUCAGCAUCCCCUCUGGAUACACACGCGCUUUGAUUUACGGAUUAAUGUGGACGCAGAGUUGUGGAUUUAUCAACAACUGAAGCUGGUGGCAGAGGUGAGGCGUUUUUCGGCGGAGUGAAACCAUGUGGCUUCUCUGCUCCUGUCUGACUCUGUUGGCGCUCAGCUAUGGCUCGUGUGACGUGCUGGCGUCUGAUCAAGACGAUCAGUGCCCGUUCUUGCAUGUGGAUGAGUGGAAGUUUCCUCAGACGACCCGGCACAAUGUCACAGGUUUUAAUCUGGUGAGGCAAUUCUCCCUGCUCAAGAGCAAAGAUGUCAAGAAGAUCCGCAACCCUCGAGGACCCGUCAUCCUCCGCCUGGGCAAAACUCCACUCCUACGCCGCACCGAUCAGGUGUUUCCUCUUGGCCUUCCUGAGGAGUUCACCCUGAUCUUCACUCUGGUGUUAAAGAAAGCUGCCCUGAGAGACACCAUAUACCUCUUCCAGAUAUCUGAUCAGCAGGGAUACCCCCAGCUCUCUAUAGACUUGAACGGUCCCGAUGGCACCCUGACGCUUCGUGCCGCGGGCGUCGAGCCCACAGCUGACCUGGUGAGCUCCACUUUCACCGGGGAGGGAGUGGAUGCCCUGAUGGACUUGCGCUGGCACAAGGUGGGACUCAGCGUGCGACACGGAGCCGCCUCCCUCCACGUGGAUUGCAACUCCAUUGAGACCAAACCGCUGGAGCCCCGUGGAGUUUUGCCCACUGACGGACACACUCUGCUGGGCAUUCAGGCAGCAGAUGCUGGGCCUGUGCAGAUGGACAUUCAACAGGUGAUGCUGUAUUGUGACCCCUCCCUCGCCAUUCAGGAGGCUUGCUGUGAGAUCCCUGGAGCACGGUGCCCAACAGAUGGUUCCAAGAGCCGCCGUGCUGCUGAGAAUGACCUGUUUGAAAACACUUUUAACCAGGAGGUUUUUGCAUCAAAGGAUCUGGCGGAGAAAGUAGCUGCUGGCUUAAAAGGGGAAAAAGGCGACAGGGGUGAUGGUUGUUCUGGCUCAGAUUCAGGUCCAUGCACAGAGGGACCCAAGGGCCAGAAGGGAGAGAAAGGCGAGCUGGCACUGCCUGCCAACUGGGACGAAGCAGCAGGGUACAAGGGAGUAAAGGGUCAGAAGGGAGAAGUUGGUCCACAGGGUCUCACCGGCACUCCAGGAAGGGAUGGUCGAUCGGGGUCCAUCUGUGUGGCCGGCCCCAAGGGACAGAAGGGUACCCCAGGUUUGGUGGGUCCUGAGGGGUUGGCUGGGGAGCCAGGGAUGCCCGGAUAUCCAGGCCCACCGGGAGUUGGAAAGCCAGGCCUACCAGGCCUUCCUGGUAUACCGGGUGGUGGAAAGGGAGACAAGGGAGAUACAGGACCUCAGGGAGAAGAUGGAUUUCCAGGAGAUCCGGGACCAAGAGGACCAACAGGGUUUAAAGGAGACAAGGGUGACCCAUGCGAAGUGUGCCCUGUGCUGCCUGCAGAUAUGGGUAACACAGUGGCUCUGCCAGGGAAGCCAGGCCCCAAAGGAGAGCCUGGAUUAGCAGGGAUAGGAGAGAGAGGACUGCCUGGGCUUCGGGGUGCAGAUGGCAAGGCAGGAACGAAGGGCAAAACAGGAUCAGAUGGCAUCAAAGGAGAAAAGGGAGACCCGUGUUCUGUGUGCCCCGCCAUCGGAGAAUUACCCCAGAACCUCGUCGCCCGUAUCCAGACCCAAACCCUGCAGCCAAAGGGAGAGAAAGGAAAUGCAGGAUCACCUGGCCGUAGAGGAGAAAAGGGUGAAGAAGGCGAUCAAGGAGAAACAGGACUCGACGGAGCGCCUGGAGCCUCAGGACUGCCUGGAGAACCUGGUCGGGACGGACUAAGGGGUUUGAGGGGAGAAAAGGGCGACGCUUGUACAAGCUGUUCUUCUACUGUCACUACAGAGGGUGAUGGUGUAGCUGUUCAAGGCCCCAAAGGAGAGAGAGGAGACCCUGGUCCUCCAGGGGAAGGGAAGCCUGGCAAAAACGGAAAACCAGGCUUACCAGGUGUGCAGGGGCCUUCUGGUCCCAAGGGAAAAAAGGGAGAAGUUGGAGUUCCAGGAGUUGGCCUUCCAGGACCACAAGGUAAAGAGGGACCAAGAGGGCCCCGAGGACUUGCAGGACCUUCUGGUGCCGAAGGAUUGGCUGGACCUGUUGGCCCUGCAGGGGAGAAGGGCUCCGAAGGAGAAGCUGGGCCCCCAGGACCACGUGGACCUGAGGGCAUUGGAAUAACAGGGCCCCCGGGUAGAGAUGCAACCCCUGGGUCUGAAGGAUUGCCAGGGGCUGAUGGAAGACCUGGACUUGAUGGAGCUAAGGGGGACAAGGGUGAACCAGGAGAGUGCAACUGCAUAAUCCCCGUACAUACGGGAAUAGGAGGACCUGGAGCUCCAGGAACUCCAAUAAACACAUGGCAGCCCGGGCCUCAGGGCCCACCAGGACCUCCUGGCCCACCUGGCCCCCCUGGGCCUCACGGCGUUAUUGGAGUGGAAGGACCACAGGGUAUCCCUGGAAACGAUGGGAUACAGGGGAAACCGGGUUUGCCUGGAUACGUCAAUUACAUUGGACCACACCAGCCGCCUCAAGACUCUGCUGGCGGAGAUGUUACUGAGGGCUGUAAAGAAGGGGACUGCACCCAAGGAUUCCCAGGGGUGUCAGGCACAGCUGGUGCCAAGGGAGAAAAAGGAGACCAGGGCAAGCCUGGUGUAACCCCCUUGGACAGCUGUGACAAGUGUUUGGAGAGACUGCAGACAGAGCAGGCGACACAACCAGAGUAUGACCGACAGGGAAUGCCCGGAGCUCCAGGAAUGCCUGGAUCACCAGGACCAAGAGGAGAGACAGGUAUACAAGGAGAAAGAGGCCAAGCUGGAAUAGUAGGAAACAUGGGACUUCCCGGUUUCCCAGGUCCUCAGGGCCCGCCUGGUCCAUCUGGUCAGAAUGGUGAGGUAGGGUCACCCGGCCUCCCAGGACUGAAGGGCGAACAGGGCCCUCCGGGGACGUCCGGCUAUCCAGGAGCCAUGGGACCGCCUGGACUUCCUGGACUGAAGGCUGAACGUGGGAGCCCAGGAAGCAGUGGUCAGAAGGGGGAAUCAGGUACUGCUGGUAACCCUGGGUACCAAGGACAGGCUGGCUCCCCGGGCAUUAAAGGAGACACGGGACCAGCUGGGCCAGUUGGUUCCAAAGGAGAUCAGGGUUUCCAAGGACAACCAGGUUUCCCAGGACCACCAGGUGGACCAGGUCCUGCUGGGAAACCUGGAAGGGAAGGGGUCUCUGGGCUCAAAGGUGAAAAAGGCAAUGAUGGAGCUCAAGGCUCACAGGGACCAACUGGGGGCCGAGGCUCAUCAGGCUCCCCUGGGCUGAUGGGCCCCCCUGGCAUUGAGGGAUUGGAUGGAAAAGAUGGGAAACCAGGGCUGCAGGGAGCAGCAGGCCCAGCAGGCCCAGCAGGACCACGAGGAAUCCCAGGAUUCAAAGGGAAAACUGGCCAUACUGGCUUCCCUGGACAGAAGGGUGAAUCUGGACCUUCAGGUCCAGCUGGACCACCAGGCAGGGUGGGACAUGAGGGUGAUCCCGGUGCCCCAGGAACUCCAGGGCAACCUGGACCCUCCGGCCACAUUGGUUCUACAGGUCCAGCUGGACCACCAGGACCUGCUGGGCCAUCAGGAGUGGGUGUAAAAGGAGACAAGGGCCAAUCUGGUGAGAGGGGUCUUCCAGGGAUGGGAGGAGCCCCAGGACCACCUGGGCACCCUGGGUCCAUGGGAGAGCCAGGCAGCGAUGGUGCAGCUGGUAAAGAUGGAUCGGUCGGCCUACCAGGGGACAACGGGCAGCCAGGUCAAAAGGGUGAAGCAGGGGCAGCAGGCCAGAAGGGUUCUCCAGGGGAGAGAGGUACCGGGGCCCCCGGCGGUGGAGGUUACCACUCCAAGGAUGCACAGCCCAUGAUCGGCCCAGUCGGACCCAGAGGAGAGAGGGGAAGCCCAGGUUCAGAGGGUCUCCCGGGGACCCCUGGACCUUCAGGGUCACCUGGAAAUGACGCGGUUGUAAAUUAUGAUGAAGUUAAGAACUUCAUCCGCCAGCAGGUCAUCAAGAUCUUUGAUGAGAGAAUGGCUUACUACAUGUCUCGCAUGCAGAUGCCAGUAGAGAUGGCAUCCCCAGGUCGGCCUGGGCCCCCAGGGAAAGACGGAACUCCAGGUACUCCUGGGAAUCCCGGUGCAUCUGGACUCCCGGGACAGAUUGGCAGACAAGGACGGCCAGGAGGCCAAGGACCCCCUGGACCACACGGACCACGCGGAGAAAAAGGAGAUAAGGGUGUUGGAGAGAUGGGAGAUGUAGGACCUCCAGGAGCACCAGGUGUUCCAGGCCCCCAAGGCUACGGUAAGAUGGGACCCCCGGGUCCUGUUGGCCAGCAGGGUGUUCCUGGGAUCUCAGGCUCUCCUGGGCAGCCUGGUUCAAAGGGACAUGAUGGCCGGUGUAACCCGGGAGACUGUAUGAGCCACCAAGUAGAGUACAGCCCGAAGGGCCCACCUAUCAAGGGCCCCUGGUAGAGGGCUAGAGGUGCUAGAGUAGAGGGGCAGAGGGACUUUGGAGGGAGAAGACAAAGACCGUUGACCAAAUUUUUUAAAUCUGACCACCAGAUCAAAUCCAGGAGUUACUUUGCUGUUGAAUUGUACAGAUUUACCCACAAAGAUUCUGACUGAAUUCCUAAGCAAAAGUCCUUAACAUCUUUCUAAGAGCCCACACUAGCAGCAUAUUUUGUAUUGCAUCAUUCUUUUUUGCCAUAUUUCCAAUUCAUUGCAAUAUUACUGUCUCUUAUUUUGGUCUCGCUUCUUUUUUCUCAUUGUUUCACUCCUUUUGUACAUUUCCAAACAACCCAAGGGAUGUGACAAGAAUCCGUUUGUAUUGUUUUUCAUCCUUUACUAAUUGUCACCUCUUGUUUUUAUUUUCAUUGUCUUAAUUUGUAGGAUUUCACAGUUAUUGCAGCACUUUGCUUGCACCUCUCGUAUCUUUGUUUUCGUCUCACAGAAUCAUAUUUAGAGUGCAGCCCAUGAAUUUCUCUUAGUGCUUGUGGUGUGUAAGAGAUUAUCCAAAGAAAUGUAUUUCAGUUCUGAAAAAACAGAUGCCAAAAACCUACGUUCAUGCCCUUUUUGAUGAAUUGACUGUUUUGUAUAUAUUAUAUUUAUAUAUUGUGGCUUUUUCUACUUUUUUAACUGAUUGGAUACAAGACAUAUUCAUGGCUAGCCACCUAUUUGUAAUUUUGAGGGUUAUAAAGCAACACAAUAGCCAAAGGGAUAUUUUUUAAUCCAAGGUCUGUAAGCUUUUAAAAUUAAAUAAUGUGUUCAGUUAAAGACAUCAUUAUUUAUAAUAGAAAAGUGUUGGCAUAAAAAACACAUUUGUUUUUCUAAUUGUGUUACUGAAGUUAAUUUGUCAUUUUAUCUCCAGUAAUUUUGCCAUACAGCCACUUAAAGCAUCUCAUCUCUUUCUGUAUUCCAAAAGAACUGUAACCGCCAUCUGUCUGCUUCAACAGGAAACUAAUUAAAAGAAUCUGAGCAAUAAUUGAGCCCAUUUACCACAGGUACUGUAAUGCAACACACUGAGCAUGGCUAGUCAUGCAAGGAAAAAGAAAAUAUUCUAAAAAGCAUCACAAAUGGAUAUGUUGCUGUAUUUUUGGGGUUGUUUUCUUAUUGUUGUUUUUUUUAUAUCUGGAAGUCUGGAGUUUUAAAUCACUACAAUCUCAAUCAAGUUAAAUCAGCUUUGUAAACUAUGAGCAUGGACAGACUUUCUCACAAACUAACCCAUGGGAAAUGUUAGUUAAAACUGAAUUAAAUUACUUUUGAAAUAUGCUGUAUUAUGUUAUCAUUGUCAGCCUGUGUUGUAUCAAUCACUAUUGAACACUGUUGUCCAUCCAUGCUGGGAUUUUUAGACAAUCAGAUCCUGAGCAUAGACGGGGACUUUAAGUAAAG